AUGUAUAAAUAUUCCUACGCUCUGUUGACUCUGCUAGUGGGUCUCUUGAUAGUCACUCACGUCCUGGCCCGGGAUGCUGAAGAUGACGCGGUAGAAGCACAGAACGCAAAUAGUUUGACUGCGGAGCAGUGUGGCAAGAAGCGCAGUGGAUGCUGCUCGGAGUUGUAUAUUGGUGACCUGGAUUGGCUGUCAAAGUGCCUUUCCAUGCACGCUAACAAAAUGCCAGCUGAAAUCGAGGCCGAUAUGGGCAAGACCUUCAAGUUUUUAUCGUGUUUUGUGGAGUGCGUAUACAAACAGCGCAAGUACAUCGGCAAAAGCGAUACGAUCAAUAUGAAAAUGGUAAAACUCGAUGCGGAGACUCUGUAUGCGGAUCGACCCAAGGAGCAGGAAUAUCACAUCAAAAUACUUGACUUCUGUCGUAAGGAUGCUAUUACCAAGUAUAAUUUGAUCAAAUUUGCUCCGGGCUUCAAAGCGAUUGUGAAGAAUGCCUGUCGACCAUUUCUGAUGAUGGUAUUUCUUUGCCAAGCGGAAUAUCAUAUGAAGCAAGAGUGCCCCUACUUUCGCUGGGAAAGUAACGACAAAUCGGGCGGCAAAGAAAUGUGCAAGGAUGCGAGGGCUAAGUGUUAUGAAAUCGAUGGCAUUACACUCAAUCAGUAGUCAAUGAACCCAAAUCUAUAUAUUUACGAUUCAUAAAUCCAAGCACACCAGAACACAAAAUAAAACAUAACAUUGAUAACAUA